UGCCCAAGGAUUCAAAGACGCUUAUUUUAUGGUACUGUAAUUUUUAAACACUGUAAUGCUUUUAAUGCAGGUUACAAGGGACAGGCUCCUUCGUGAGUGGGUACUUGAAGAAACCGCUGAAAACAUGCACAGGAAUUUCGGAUCAGGAUACCCUGGAGAUCCUGAAACCAAGGCUUGGUUAGACCAUCACAAGCAUUUGGUAUUUGGAUUUCCUACAUUGGUGCGCUUUAGUUGGGGAACAUGUGCGCCGUACUUGAAGGAUGGCGUUGAAGUUAUAUGGGAGUCUGACCAGGUUGAUGAGAAUUCCUCAAAUAAUUGGACAAGCAAACGACAAGUAAAAUUAUCAAAACUCGGCUUUACUGGUUGCAAGAGGAAGACUGAGGAUAUUGAAUCUAAUGGUAAAGGUCGUUCAAAAUUUUUCCAAGCUCGCAAGCUAGAGUUGGUCCCUCAUUUCCAAUGAUUUUAUUGAUAUCCUCUAAUAGAAAAGCUAAGCUUCACCUCGUUUGGAUUUUCAUCAACCAUUAUUUUUACAGUAUGGAGAACUUGAUUGCAAAAUUUUUUGUUGAGAACAUCAGUGGAAUUUCUAUUAUAGUUUAUGUGAAGUAUAUCAAUGUUGAGAUAUGCA